AUGGCAAUCUCCGAAGAGAAGAGUAAGGCCAUGUGGCUGCAAAUCGCCGUGACAUACGGCUACGUCACGCUAUGGAUCGGCCUCAGCUCCACCGUCAUCAUGUACAACAAAUGGGUGCUUUCUUUCUCCGGGUUCCCCUACCCCGUGGCCCUGACGCUGUGGCACAUGGUUUUCUGCUCCUUCCUGGCCACCGUGAUCGUGAAGCUGGGCUAUGUGGAGCCCAUCGGGAUGAGCCGUGAGACCUACCUGCGUGCCAUCGUGCCCAUCGGCUUCCUCUACGCCGGCACCCUCUGGCUGGGCAACGCUGCCUACCUGUACCUGUCUGUGUCCUUCAUCCAGAUGCUCAAGGCGCUCAUGCCCGUGGCCGUCUUUGGCGUGGGCUGCAUCUUCGGCACCGAGGCCUACUCCCCCGCAACCCUGGCCAACAUGCUGGUGGUGUCCCUGGGCGUGGCCAUCGCCAGCUGGGGCGAGAUCAACUUUGUGCUGGUGGGGGUGGCGCUCCAGAUGCUGUCCAUCGCUACCGAGUCCACACGCCUGACCCUGGUCCAGAUCCUGCUCCAGCGCCGCGGCCUCAAGCUCAACCCCAUCACCACCCUCUACUACCUGGCCCCCGCCUGCGCCGCCUUCCUCCUCGUCCCCUUUGCCCUCAUCGAGGCGCCCAAGAUGCUGGCAGAUGCCGAGCUGGUCAUCGCGCCCGCCAUCAUGAUCAGCAACGCCGCUGCCGCCUUUGGUCUGAACAUGGCUGUCUUCCUGCUCAUUGGCAAGACCUCCGCCCUGACCAUGAACAUCGGCGGCGUGGUCAAGGACUGGCUGCUCAUUGCGCUGUCCUGGGCCCUCUUCCACUCCCCCGUCACUGCAGUGAAUCUGGGCGGCUAUGCCCUGGCCUUUGCGGCCGUGUGCUGGUACAACGUCCAGAAGCUGAAUGCCAUGCGUGCGGCCGCGGAGAAGACGGCGCCGUCCUCAGAGUCGACCGACGAGGAGCUGGCCAGCCUCAUGAAGGACGGCAAGACGCGGUCGCCCAGCGUCAAGCGCCCCGCCGGGACCAGCGCCGAGCACAAGCGCUCGCCCAGCACGUGA